AUGGCGGAUCACGGGAAGCUCAAAUCGGACAUUUCAUUCGCCGGAAUUUUUGCUAGCAGUGCUUUCGCUGCUUGCUUCGCCGAGAUAUGUACGAUUCCCCUGGAUACGGCCAAGGUCAGGCUUCAGUUGCAGAAGAAAGCUGUUGCAGGGGAUGCGUUAGCUUUGCCAAAAUAUAAGGGAUUGUUGGGUACAGUUGGCACUAUUGCAAGGGAAGAAGGGUUAACCGCUCUAUGGAAAGGCAUCGUGCCAGGGUUACAUCGUCAAUGCUUAUAUGGAGGGUUAAGGAUCGGGUUAUAUGAGCCUGUUAAAACUUUCUAUGUGGGACAAGAUCACGUCGGAGAUGCGCCAUUGUCAAAGAAGAUACUUGCUGCACUAACAACUGUGAUUUCUACUCUCAACUUCUUCAUCAACAAAAUUGGAACAAAGCCAGAAGAAUUAACGUUAGCUGUCCGAUUUGAAGGGCAAAGAGUGAUAUAA